GGGUGGCGAGGAGAGGGGGGGUGGGGGGCAUGGCUCGCUCCGCCGCCCCGGCGAUGCUGUCGGCUAGCGGCUUCGGCUUCCCCCCGCAGAAUUUCGCCCGGGUGGUGGUGUGGGAAUGGUUGAACGAGCACGGCCGCUGGAGACCGUACGGGGCCACCGUGUGUCACCACAUCGAGAACAUCGUGAAGUGCAAUGCCCGGGGCAGCGUGGUGCUGGGGCAGGCGGACCCGCACCUCUCCCCUUAUAUCAUCGACUUGCAAUCCAUGCAUCAGUUUAGACAAGACACAGGAACCAUGCGCCCAGUUAGAAGGAAUUUUUACGACCCUUCUUCAGCUCCGGGGAAAGGCGUAGUUUGGGAAUGGGAAAACGACAGUUGUUCCUGGACUCCGUACGACAUGGAUAUUUGCAUAACCAUCCAAAAUGCGUACGAGAAGCAACAUCCGUGGUUGGACUUGACCUCUCUGGGCUUCUGUUAUAUUAUUGACUUCAAUAGCAUGUGCCAGAUGAACAGACAGACACAACGUAAGCGACGACUGAGGAGGCGUAUGGACUUGGCCUACCCCUUGACUAUGGGCUCCAUCCCCAAAUCUCAGUCCUGGCCCAUCGGCACGCAGUCGGGGCAACCGUGCAGCUGCCAACAAUGCGUCCUGGUCAACAGCACCAGGGCAGCCUCCAACGCCAUCCUGGAAUCCCAACGGCGCAAGGUCUACGCGGCAGCCAACGGCACACUGACCGUGCGACAAAGCAACUCCUACAACGGCCCCGCCUUGUGGUCAGCGAUGAGCAGUGCGGGCACCAUAGCCCCCAACCCCGAGCAGGCCCGCUCGCCCACCACCACCACCCAACUCUCACCUAUCUCGCAGAGCCAGAGCACCACCACCACCACUCCCAUCCCCGGCCAGAACAACCUGAACAGACCCGGGACCCAACGAUCUGCUGUCGUCAGCACCAGAGCCUCCAUCCCCCCUGGGGUUCCUGCUCUUCCAGUGAAAAACCUAAAUGGGUCUGGCCCAGUUCAUCCAGCUCUUGCAGGAAUGACCGGGAUCCUGAUGUGCGCAGCUGGACUUCCCGUGUGCCUGACCCGUGCUCCGAAACCCAUUCUUCACCCUCCGCCUGUCAAUAAGAGUGAAAUAAAGCCAGUGCCUGGGAUAUCAGGUAUCUGCAGGAAGACCAAGAAAAAGCAUCUGAAGAAAGGAAAAUCUCCAGAGGACGUGGUGCGGAGAUACAUGCAGAAGGUCAAGAAUCCGCCAGAUGAGGAUUGCACCAUCUGUAUGGAGAGGCUGAUCAGUUCCUCAGGCUAUGAGGGGGUGCUGAAUCUGAAGGGGGUGAAGCCUGAACUGGUGGGAAGGCUCAGCAAAUGCAGCCACAUGUACCAUCUCCUGUGUCUGGUGGCCAUGUACAACAAUGGCAACAAGGACGGCAGCCUGCAAUGCCCCACCUGCAAGGCUAUCUAUGGUGAGAAAACUGGAACACAGCCACCUGGGAAGAUGGAAUACCAUGUGAUCCCACAUUCGUUGCCAGGAUACCCCGAGUUCAAAACAAUCCGCAUUGUCUACGACAUCCCAGCAGGACUACAGGGCGUUGAACACCCUAACCAAGGGAAGAAGUUCACUGCCAGAGGAUUUCCACGGCACUGCUACCUGCCCGACAAUGACAAAGGACGCAAGAUCCUGAAGCUGCUGAUUGUGGCGUGGGACCGCAGGCUGAUAUUCACCAUCGGAACAUCCAACACCACCGGUGAAACGGAUACAGUGGUGUGGAACGAAAUCCAUCACAAAACAGAGUUUGGAUCAAAUUUAACUGGACAUGGCUACGCAGAUCCCAACUAUUUGGACAACGUGCUGGCAGAGUUAUCUGCCCAAGGGGUCAUGGAGGACUGUAUAAAGGACUGAGGAAGGGAUUAGAAGCAGCAGCCGAUAAGGACGUUGGCCAUUGAAGAUUACACCCUGUAAAGUACGUUACUAGGGUUCAAAUAUGCUUUGCUUGACUGCCUUGGCCACUACUUUGUUAACUCCAGUUCGGGCUAGUUAAAAGCAGACUGCAUCAGCCUGAUUCAGUUUAUUGGUGGCAAGUUACAGUGACAUACUGUGCAAGUCUGCAUCUGUUAUUCCUUGUGGAAAGACCCACACAACAUUAAUAAUUAGGGGGGGGGGGGGAAGGUAAAUCAAGAAUAAGAGAACAGAGAGGGCCGUCAAGUUGACGGUCGCUUGCACUGGUCAAUCCUUACAAAUAAAAGAACAGAGAUGCUUUUUCGUGCGGUUGGAUUGUACACUGUGCACUUCCUGCAGUGUUGCAUCCACUGUGCACAGAGGCAGAAAUACUAAGCACUCCUGGUUAGCUGUAGGAACUCUGGCAUCAGCCAACACUUCGCUUUCUAGAGGUCACAAGCCCCGUGUGUGAAACAUGCAGUAUUUUUCUUUUCAUAAGCAAGGUGUGCACAUCUCUCAGGGAUGUUGGUCUUUUUGCUUGGAUGUGUCACUGUAAAUGGUGUACAGUGGGGGGCAGGAGGGAAAAGCAAAGAAGCUUUGCAUGUGAAAACUGUAUGGCUUUUAAAAAAAAAGUGCCCAUUAUCUUAUUUUAAUCACAGAGGACAGCAACACCAUGGAGCAUUUAAAAAAAAAAGUUUUGACGAAGGUAGUUUAAAAUUUAAAAGACACUGCUUAUUAAAGUGUUUUAUUCGGAAAUAACUAAGGGCUUGUUCUGUGUUUUAAGGUAUGUCGCGUUACUACAUUUGUCCAGCUAAGUAUUAGUGUCCUGGUGGUUCAUGCUGCAUGUCAGUAGCAAAUAAAUACAUACCUCCUCGGAUGAGGCUGUUUAUUUAAAGUUAACUUUUCUAUCUAUAGAUGUUGCUAUACUUCAGAGCGAACUACAUCAGUGUCUUAUCUGCAUCAUUUACGUCUACUGUGUUCGAGGCUCUUUCUUCUGUUUAUGAGGUUUGCGGUGAAUGCAUCCAAAGCCAAAUGAUACUUUAUCUUUAGAUUCUUUCUCCCUCCCACAAUAUGGAUAUUCCUGUUUUCAAUUUCAUAAAAAGGACUCCCGAGUUCUCAAUAUACUUAUUGGUCAGAUUGUGCAAGAGGAUUACUUCACUGGGGGAUUUCCAGGAUAACAAUUAUUUUAUUUAAAAAAAGGACGUCAAAAGAUACAAGAGUUAUACAUCCAGCCCAGAGACGGAAACGUGACAAUAUUCCUGCCAAAUGCAGUCACUGGCUCGGUAAAUGAAUGUCUACUGACAUUCGGGCUGGGUUGUUCUCUCAAAGGGAAAUUAGCUGGGAUAUUACAGAGCUGUGAAGUGUUUACAGAAUGAUGAUUGCUGUAGAAAUAUUCAAUAUUACCCUGACAACUGCUGUCAAAUCUAUUAUGUUUAUAGUCAAUACUGGCAGAAGUAACACUCAGCAAUCGCUGUUACUGCUGAUUACGUUCUGGUGGCUGACUUGUGUGGUGUUCAACUUAUGAGAUUUAUUGCCAAAAAAAAAAAAAAAUUUUUUGAAGAGGAAAUAAAAUGCAAUUGGAAGAGGAACGUGACGGUCCCUUUAGGUUUUGUUGCA